CAGAGAGGCUGUAAGGAGAUGUUCUGUGAUAGUCACACAUAUUUUAACUUUUGCUACUUUAAGCACUUUAGGCCUGUAAACUUUAACAAGGACGCAUCUUUAUCCAGCAACAGCACGACAGAACAGCAAACCCUGGAGACAAGACGCUUUCGCCAUGAACAACUUGAACCAAGAGUUUGACGAGAAGGUGCGUCCCUGCAUCGACCUCAUCGACUCUCUUCGCUCUCUGGGUGUAGAGAAGGACUUGGCUCUGCCUGCUAUCGCUGUGAUUGGGGACCAAAGCUCAGGGAAGAGCUCUGUGCUGGAGGCGCUGUCAGGGGUGGCUCUGCCCAGAGGAAGCGGAAUUGUAACAAGAUGCCCUCUUGAACUAAGGAUGACGAAAAAUAAACUAGGACAGGAGUGGUAUGGAAAAAUAAGUUACCAGGACCAAAUGGAGGAAAUAAAAGAUCCUGCAGAUGUGGAGAAAAAGAUCCGAGAAGCUCAAGAUCAAAUGGCUGGAGUUGGUGUGGGGAUCUGUAAGGAUCUAAUCAGUCUGGAGAUCAUCUCACCUGAUGUUCCAGACCUGACAGUCAUUGACCUACCAGGCAUCGCCAGGGUGGCUGUGAAUGGACAACCUGAGAACAUUGGUGAACAAAUAAAAAGUCUGAUCCAAGAAUACAUCACAAAACAAGAAACCAUUAGUCUGGUGGUUGUUCCGUCCAAUGUGGACAUAGCAACCACAGAGGCUCUGAAGAUGGCACAGGAAGUGGACCCUGAUGGAGAUAGGACUUUGGGCAUCUUGACCAAGCCUGAUCUGGUGGACAAAGGCACAGAGGAGACGGUGGUGGAUGUCGUCCAUAAUGAAGUCAUUCAACUGAAGAAAGGCUACAUGAUCGUCAAGUGCCGAGGUCAGAGCGAGAUCCUACAGCAGGUCUCUCUUCCUGAAGCCACGGAGAGAGAGAAAGCCUUCUUCAACGAACAUGCUCAUUUCCAGGUUCUCUAUGAUGAAGGCCACGCCUCCAUUCCUAAACUGGCAGAAAAACUCACCCUUGAGCUGGUGCACCACAUCCAGAAAUCAUUGCCUCGAGUCAAGGACCAGAUAAAGCAAAAGCUGGGAGAGACUCAGGAACGGCUGACCAAAUAUAACACUGGCCCACCGUCCGACGAAGCCGAAAGAAUAGAUUACCUUUUCGAAAAAGUGACAGCGUUCACACAGGAUGCCAUUAACCUCACUUCAGGGGAGAAUAUCAAAAACGGACUCGGGUCCAAUAUAUUCUUCUUACUCAGACAUGAGUUUGAUGCCUGGAGACAGACGAUUAAAGACUUUGGAGAAGAAUUCAACAAGAACAUUGAGGGUAAUGUCACUGAGUUCGAAAAGAAGUAUCGUGGACGAGAACUACCGUGUAUCAUCAACUACAAGACCUUCAUGAGCAUGGUGCAGCACCAGAUGAAAGAGCUGGAGGAACCAGCUGUUCUGAAACUCAAGGACGUGGCAGAAAUUGUGAAGCAAGAGCUCGGAAAUUUGGCAGUGAGACACUUUAAAGGCCUUCCCCAUCUCUUCAAUAAAGCUCAGAUGAAGAUCGAGGAUAUCGGACAGAGGAAGGGGGGUGAAGCAGAGUCCAUGUUGAGGACUCAGUUUAAGAUGGAGCUGACUGUUUACACUCAGGACGACACAUAUUUGAAGACACUCAACAGACUGUGGCCAAAUCACUCUAUAAAUGUCUCUGACCCUGCGGCCACGCUGAAAGAAAUGAUGAGACAUAUAAAGUCUUAUUAUGAAAUUGUUGCUCAGCGUCUGGCUGACCAGAUCCCACUGGUGAUCCAGUACCACAUGUUGCAGGAUGCAGCCACCCAGCUGCACAGGGAGAUGAUGCUGAUGCUUAAGGACGGGGACAAUGUCGACUUCUUGCUUCAGGAAGACGCCAGCAUUGCAAGAGUGAGAGACCAACUUCAGCAGAGCUACAAACGCCUGUCAGAAGCACGCAGUCGCCUGAUGCAGUUCAGAUCAGAUUUAUACGAUCCCUUCCCCUUCAUGCAGCAGUAGAGUCCCUCUUAAAGCCAUAUAAGUGAGGUUUGACCCAAUCUUCACUUGAAACCAAAGAGGGUACAUUUGUACUAGUGCUGUGGUAAAGUCAACCAGUGACACAAUAAAGAUUCUAAAGCAACAGACUGUCUGUGAGUUUUAUCAAUGUAAGAAGAACACCAUGGACCACAGCAAUAGAGCAGGGGUGGGCAAACUUCUUGACUAAUGGGUUUUAGCAUUUGAUAGAGGGACUGACAGAUCAGUGGUGUUAGUUCUAUGGAUCUGUGAUGAGCUUUGUUGAUGUUAAUUCCGCUGAAUGUUUGCUAAUGUGUGGGUCGAGUGCAACAAUGUCAGCAUUGAAUUGUUCAGUCUAGACUAGAGAUCAAUCAGUUGCCAUUGCAGCUGCUUUGUUGCCGUUUUAGGCUCUUGUAACAGGGAUAGGACACCAGCUGGAGUGUCUUUUCUAAAUAUAUAAUAAUAAACUGAGA